GCAUGCGCACAGGGUAAAGAUGGCGGCGCGUGUGCUGCUCCGCGCCGCAGCCGGCCUCCUUGGCCAGCGCCGCCGCCUGCUCGUCCUCCCGCUGGGCGCGCCGGGGCCGGGAGUCAGGCGGGGCCUGGCGGGGGCGGCCUGGGCCGGGGUGCAGCAGCUGCCCGCUCCAGCCCGGCGACGGCGGCCUCCGUGGGUCCGGGGCUACUCGGACGCACCGACGCUGACCUUGAAGAGCAUCCACGACCAGGUGCUCUACGUGCUGAAGCUCUACGACAAGAUCGACCCCGAGAAGCUGACGGUGGAGGCGCACUUCAUGAAGGACCUGGGCCUGGACAGCCUGGACCAAGUGGAGAUCAUCAUGGCCAUGGAAGACGAGUUCGGGUUUGAAAUUCCAGAUGCGGCAGCAGAGAAGCUGAUGAGUCCUCAAGAUAUCAUGGAUUAUAUUGCCGAUGUGCAAGACGUGUACGAAUGAGCCUCUCAAGUGGAGUGAUCCUCUGCAAGCUAGAUACUCUCUUCCUGCCUUGCUCUCAGGUAUUCCCCGUUUUGUUGUUCCGAGAGCUGGACGAAGCGAUCGAGAUGGACACGCCUGGCAAGCCACCCCCUUUGCAGUUCGGAAUCAUGGUGGCUCUCAGAAGUUUUGUUUAUCAUAUUUAAAGUUGUAAAUGUUGGCCUUCAGAAUAAAUAUGAAAAAUUCUUA